AUGUCACUUCGCAGAUCGGGAAGAGUGUCUUCGGCCACUGCCUCGCCUCUCCCACAAGCAUCAUCAAUUGACACUCCUAUCAAUGGGCAGAGGAAGCGGGCGGCAUCUUCAUUAGGCCGUGAGACCAAGGCCAAGAAGCCCAAAUCAAAGCCAGCAGACAGUCCCAAUGGUGCCGACAAUGGCCAGCCAACAUUCAAAGUCCCGGAACCCCCAGUGACUCCCUUGAGAAAGAGUAGAAAAGUAUCAACUACGUCUAACAAGAAACCGCCACCACUGACCCCAACGCCCAGUCUGGUUGCCGUCAUCCGUGCGGGCUACAGUUCCGCUGACAUUGACGAUGCGACUCCGCCACCAGACCGACCAGUCGAGCCGCAUGUGACUAAUGCCACACUGGUGACACCCGGUGGUACACAGUCGGUCGCGUACACCGACGCAUUGCCCGACUCUACGCCAUCAAAAACUGGACUUCCGAGGCCCACGGCCACGACAAAUACGUUGCUCGAGAAAGCAUGUGCACAUUUGAUCAGUGUCGAUUCACGCAUGAAACCACUGGUUGAGAAGCAUCAUUGUCACGUGUUCUCCGCCAAAGGACUGGCCGAGCACAUUGAUCCUUUUCGAUCGUUGUCUAGUGGCAUCAUGGGACAACAGGUUUCCGGGGCAGCUGCCAAGUCAAUCAAGAACAAGUUCAUUCUACUGUUCCAUGAGGAAGGACAGGAUCCCGAGACGGCCAAGUUCCCCACUCCCGCACAGGUGGCAGCCACAGAUAUCACACGAUUACGUACUGCUGGAUUGUCACAACGGAAAGCCGAGUACAUCCAAGGCCUCGCGGAGAAGUUCAACACAGGAGAACUGACAGCUGACAUGCUGAUGAAAGGCACAGACGAAGAGGUGAUGGAGAAACUCAUUGCGGUCCGAGGUCUGGGCAAAUGGAGCGUGGAAAUGUUUGCAUGCUUUGGCUUGAAAAGAACCGACAUUCUUUCAACUGGUGACCUUGGCGUGCAGCGUGGAAUGGCGGCUUUCUUCGGCAAAGAUGUCAAGAAGCUCAAGGCCAAGGGCGGCAACAAAUGGAAAUACAUGUCGGAGCAAGAUAUGCUGGAUAAGUCGGCGCCGUUUGCGCCAUAUCGAAGUCUUUUCAUGUGGUAUAUGUGGAGAGCAGAAGAUGUUGACGUGGACGUCUUGGGCACGUUGUAA